CCUAUUACGACCGUAUUGAAUCUCAUUCAUUUUAAUUUGUAACGAAAAAAGUAACAUAAAAUGUGAAGAUGAAUUUACUUAGAAAUCAAAGGUAUUUUAAAAUCAUUUCUCAUCUUAUUCUGCUCACAGUCUUCGCAUACAUGAUAACAAAACGAACAUCACGCAAAUUACCAAAAAUUAAUGAAAUAACUCGUUUUGUACACGAUAUGAAACAUAUAUUAAUUUGGACUGAUAUUCAAGAUUUAGAAAGCAAUGGACAAUCGUAUUUUAUCAAACAAAAGUGCAAUUAUUUUAACUGCUAUUUAACGAAAAACAAAAGCCUCUUUGGUGAUUUGAGAUAUUUUGAUUUAAUACUUUUUAAUUUGCAAGAUGUGAGCCAAGACACACAAGUGUUGCCAUAUAUCAGAAGUAAUAAUCAAAAAUAUGUUUUUGUGGCAAAUAGUUCUGCUCAUAAUUACCCUGUUUGUGAUUCGAUCUAUGAUAAUUUUUUUAACUGGACGUGGACAUAUAAAUACGACUCAACGAUACCGUACAAAUUCAUAACAGUUCACAAUUUGCAAUACGAAGAACUGGGCGGCCAUUUCCAUUGGAAUACUAACAUGAAACCCAUCGAUGCAAAACUAAAAUCCCAAUUACAGACAAAAUCUAAAGCUGCUGUAAUAUUCCUUGACGAGUGCCACAGUAGGAGCAAACGGGAAAUAUUAGUGAAAGAACUGCAGAAGGAAUUAAGCAGAUUUAAUUUAACAGUUGACGUGUUUGGAGCGUGUAGUGUCAAACAGUGUAGGAGAAAAACUAUGCACGGUUGUUUCUGGAGAGUCAAGAAAACGUACUAUUUCUAUCUAGCUCUUGAGGAUUCUUUAUCGCCGGAUUAUAUCACGGAUAUAGUUCUUUAUGCGUAUAAUAAUAACGCUGUGCCGAUUGUGUAUGGUGGAGCUAAUUAUGUCAGAUACCUACCACCUGGCUCUUACAUCGAUACCUACAAAAAAACUUCCCCCCAAAUUGCCGAAGCGAUGUACAGCGUCAUAAGGAAUAGGGAGUUAUACUACGACUUCUUCAGAUGGAAGAACCACUACAUCAUCAGCAAAUCCUCGGGGCUGGAUGGGUGUGCGCUUUGUGAGCUGAUGAACAACCCAGCACGGUUGAUUCAGCAGUAUUCGUAUAGCAGCUUCAGAAAAUGGUGGAAUCCAAAAUAUCAAGCGCAUUGUGCGAUUUCUAGCAAAUUGGUAUUGUAGUUUAUAAAUAUAUUGUAGACGAAUUAAAUUCUUAGUAUACAGAAUCUAGGUAAAAUUGCACGUAAAAAUGGUAAUGUAAAUAUGUACACAAAAACAUUAAUAGGUUGACCUAAAUCUCAAGUAAGUAAGAUAAAAAGUAUUACCAUGGACCAAUGUCCAUGGUAUUCUAGAUACAUAAUAUAACUUUUCUUACAUUACGUUACAAGGUUUUUUGCGUUAAAAAUCUCUACAUUUUAAAUAAAUUGUGUGAU